ACACGCGAGAAGAGGGCAUUUGUUUUUGUCAGUUAGAACGAAGAACGCGCGCGCGCACACACUCACCAAAGUGCUGAUCGAAGCGAAUUUGAAGGCUGACAUUCAAAUUGCUUACUGUGUUUUUUCAAGAUCAAGUGAAAAGUUCCCCGUUUUUGUGUUUUUGGUGCCAUUCUGCAAUGCCGUCUACCGGUAGGAGUCGAAAAUGCGAGCUGCUGUCGGCGCUAUAAGCUAAACUAGGGUUAGGGGGUGCUUCAAGACGCGCGUGCGAUCCGCCGACGCAGAAGUUGGUUACGCGAAAGAAAGAAGGGGUCGGCAAAUGUGAACAUGAGAAAGUGCAACCACCGAUCGUUUGUGGUUCGCCGGGGCGCGUGUGUGUUUGUUUUCAGUUUGUGUGUGAAGUUUGAGCAAUGCUUUCCAACGAUGAAGCUAAUAAAUGAAUCUAGAAAACAAGCGUCUCGAAAGUGAAACAAACAGGGAAAUAAAAUCCCAACCACCUCCACACACACACAGAUACGCGUGUCUCGCGCCGCUCCUCUUGCUUCUUGUUAUGAUGAUCGUGUGCGGUGCUCAGUAUGAUGGUGCCGAGUUUCCACAAGUUCAAUUAAAACUCACAAAAAGGAAGAAAAGCGAAAAAACAAACCUUCCCGUUAUGGCUUUAACCAGGCAGUGCCAAGUGUUUUACGCUUGUAGUGGGUGUGUGGUGUGUCUGUGAAGCCGAAGGAAAUGUUGAAAGUAUUAAAAAACGCGUUAGAAAAGUGUACAUUUUUAUCGUCUUGUGUUUGCACAUAACACUCACGCACACAUGUACACAUACCGAAAGAAGCUCCCGCGUUGCUGUGGUGACGGGCUUUGGAAAAUGUGAAACGUGUGCAGUGAAGAGGAAGCAAGAACGACGUCGUCGACAGUGCAGUGAAAAACCUUCUUCCCGCGCGCGCACACACGGUUCGAAAGAUAACACAGGAAGGAGAGAAGAAACGCAGCGUGUGUGUGAGGGCGUGCGGGGGCCCCGUGUGUUGUGGCUGAAUCCAGUCUAGCGUCCGUCAAGAGACAGUAACCCCUGAAACAAAAAACAUAAACGAAACAAAUGGAACGCAUCCACAGUGCAAGCGGCAGUGAUACAGCAACCGUUCGGCACGUUGUGCGUUGCGAGAGUUUUGACAGCCGUGAAGCCAAAGACAACAGCAGCAGCAGCAGCACAUCAUCGUCCUUCUACCAGGAUCGAACGUCCUCGCGCACUGGACUCGCGGCCGACGGAUGCUAUUUCAAUGCUGUGUUCAACGACAGCAGCGAAACGUACGCGGACGUUGAGGAGGAGCCUUACGACGGGCACGCCCUAAAACCGGAUUCCAUCAGCACAGUGGCAAUGGUUCGCGUGACAGUUCCGUCAACACCGGUCGCCGCGGACGGAUCGCAUCCCUUCCGCCGGGGACACUCGAUGCGAUCGUCCUUCAACUCUCUGCGUGGGUUGCGCACGAAACUAAAGCAAGGAGGAGGCAGCACCGGCGUUGGAUCUACCACAGUGAACGGACACAACAGCGCCCGACUGGCUUACUGCCAUCUGCCAGCCGUCGGUGACCUGGCACGGUCUCCCUCGGCAGCGAGCACCAUCAUCGGCAAGCGCAGCAGCAGUCGCAGCAGCUCCAGUUCCUCCGGCACACACUUUGCCCGCUCGGCCAGCGACGAUGUGCGGCGCAGUUUGCGGAACAAGCUGCACAAGCUCAAAAUCACCUACCACGAGCUGCGCCGGCUCCAGACCAAGGUGCUGCAGGACAAAUCCUCCACCCUGGACGAAUCGUCCGAGGUGGGCGAGUGCGAGAGCCUGCCGGAAAACAUUCCCCCGAAAGCUGCCGCCCUGCUGAUGGAAGGAUUUUGCCGUGCGUCCGGUGUGCAGAGUUCGCUGAAAGUUCAUCGCCGAGCGCCAGAAGAGAAGACGACCUCGGUGGCACGACGAUCCAACUCAUUGCGAGCGGCCAAGGAGAGCAACGUUAGUGUACCGUUUGUUUUCGUCAAUCCAGUACCGGCGCGGGAAGACGCACCGAGCACGACGGGGAUGACGACCGAGGGCACGACUUUAACAGUGGUCAGAAAGCGACACCAACAAGAACCAGAACAACGGCAUCAACGCUCGCCAAACACUCCAAUGUUCGGUGCAAAGGCGUCGCAGCAGGCGGCAAAGGUGACGGUUGAAGGUGAACUGUCAAACCAGCAAUCCGCUGCUGACCAGCAACAGCAGCAGCAGCAGCAGCAGCAGCAAUCGUCAUCACCCGAACAUCAGCAGCAACCGUCACUAACCGUCACGAGGACCGCCACCAUACGGAAAGGAUCCGUGUGGGCAAACAAUACUACCAAGAUCAGCCUCCCGGAGCUGGUCACCCGGUCACUCUCCAACCUCGAGCUGCCCAGCUGCCGCCUGCCCUGUCCCAACCUUAUACCACGCCCGGCCGAGGUACCGACCACACCGGAGCACAAAUCGGCCGCCAGCUCCAGCUGCUCGCUGUCCACGCUCGAAACGCAAACGGCGACCGCCGGGGCAUCGGUCCAGUCGUUGCCCAUCGCGAUCGCCACCGGCGCAACCAGCAGCACCGUCUCGCUGACGUACGAAGAUGAGCUGUCCCCCGGUGGCUCGGCACGCAGAAAAACCAAACCAAACUCUCCGCUCGGGUCCCUGCUGGCUGCGGUCACCUCGCCCGUGCUGAGCCGCAUCUCGAGCGCCAGCUCGCCGAACCUGUCCAGCAACGGUUCCACCUUAUCGUCCCCGUCCGGCAGCCGGAUGGAGUAUCUACUGCCCCACCAGCAGCAUCCGCCCGGUGCAGGGGUGCAGGGUGCGGGACCCAUUCCCUCCCAGCAGAAGCACCAGCAGCACCAGCAGCAGCAGCAAUCGGUACUGCUGCCCAAGCACGGUACCGCACGGCAACAUUCGCCCAAGAUUGUGAAGAAAACGCGCCACCUAUCCACCAGCUCGGCCGACGAGCCGGACGCGUGCGACAGGAAGGCGCCUGGUGGCGGCGGCGGCGGCGGCGGCAAACUGUCCUCGAGCCGUCACGUGGAGGCGGAAAGAAAUGCGCGCAACGCACAGCAUUUGCUGCUGCGCGCGAACCGGCUCACCGUGAGCGAUAAUCAUAAUUUAAGCAACAGCGGAAGUGGCAACACGGCCGGUACCAUCAUCACACCCGCCACGACCAACUCGGUCGAUGUGCUGGCGGUUCACAAUGCGAAAAGCGUUUCCCCGCUACCAUCGUACACGCAGCAGCAGCAGCAGCAGCAGCAGUCAGCAGCAGCACCACCGUCCUACUGGAAGCAGAAGAAGCUCCCGACCAAGAAGCAGCACAAGCAGCUGCAGGCGCAACUAGACAAGCUGACCCAAAUUAACAUCCAUCUGCAUGCACUCUUCUCCGCCGUCGAACAUGGCCACCUGGAAAAGGCACGCACCAUCCUGGAAAGCACGGACGUGGACGUGAACAGUCUCAACAGCGACGGACUCACGCCGCUGGACGUGGCCGUGCUCAGCAACAAUCGUUCGAUGACGAAAAUGUUGCUGCAGCAGGGUGCCAUCGAAAAUGCACACUCGGUGCACGCGGCCAACAGCAACAUGGGACUGCAUCUGAACAAUCUGCUCUGCGAUGCCGAAGCGACCGUGCACGAGCUCGGGAACUUUGACGGCAGCCAGGCGGGCGGACUGGCCGGCAGCGAGCGGACCGGCACCGGGACCAAUGCAGGCAAAACCACCUUCUCCAACAUCAUCGGUAGCAGCGGCCCCUCGGUGACGAGCUGCACCGGAAGCGAAAUCGACAAGCAGGUGGGACUGUGGGAGCGCCGCGUCAAGGGUCUGCGGCGGAUGAUACUCGGCUGGGAGCAAACGAAACCGCCCGAUGUGCCGAACCGGAUCGACAUCGACGUGACCGGGUGCAGUGCGGUCAGCUUGCGGUUGUACGAACCGCUCGAAGGUGCCAUAACUACCAAAUUCAAAGUGCAAUGGUCAUCCCGGUCGGACUUUAGCAACGUGGUGGGCGAGCGCGAAAUCAGCGAAUGGUGCAGCUUCCACGGGUGCAUGGGUGCGGUCUGCAAUCUGAACGAGCUGAUCCAGGGCCGGCGCUACUUCUUCCGCGCCUGUGCCGGCAACGUCAAGGGCUGGGGACCGUACAAACUAUCCGUCCCGAACUGUGUCGUACCGUCGAGCUGGCGUGACGUCGAGAGCCGAGACAAUCGAUUCGCGGGCAAGCAGCGCAAUCUGGACGAGCUGUUCAACGCGGUCCGGUUGGCCCGGCCCGAGGAUGCGUCCGAGAUUGCGCUGGACGGUGGGCAGCAGCAGAAGCGCGCGACCAAGAAGAAAACCACCAUCAAGCAGCUGUUUUCGGCAGCGUCCAAGUUUCAGAAGAAUCUCAAACGGGGCAUCUAUUUGGCUUGCGUCCUGUACCACGAGGAUAAGCUAUUGCUCACCAACGAAGACUUCGUGCCGGUAAUUGAGAUUGAUGAAACCUUCACCAGCAAUCUGCACACCGAUUUCUACUGGCUGAUGAAGGUUGCCUGCACGUGGGACGACGUGAAGCUGCUGCGAAUGGACAUGGAACGGAACGCGUCGUCGGCGAUCCACUUCCGCACGAAGCUGCUGUCGGCCGCCUGUCAGAUGCAAUCGGCACUCUCCAUUACCGAUCUGGGGCAACUCUUCUAUCGCCCGCUACGAGACGUCCACGGCACGGUGGUACUGUCCUGUGUAAACUGUAUUAAGAGCCCUAAAGCGGUAUCGGUGCUCAACUCCCGAUGGAUACCGCUGAACAAAAUCCACAAAAAGCUCGCCCUCUCGACGGAGGAGAGCAGCAUCAACGAAAUUCUAAUGAACUCCAUCCAGGAACAGAUCAACUACCACCAGGUGUCGAACAUCAGGCUGUCGAGGGGCCUGUACGUCGGCUACCUCAAGAUGCAAAGCUCGGUGGACGUCAUCCAGGUGGUGGUCCCGGUGAAGGCACCGAACGUUCUUCCGCACUGUAAAAUACGCGACAAUCCGCACGUGUCGGCCGAGGAAUGGGAACUGAUCAAGCAGCACAAACCCUCCACCAUACUGGAGUUCCGGCCGAAGCAUCAGGGCCCAAGCGAGGUGCAGCUCCACUUUCUCGAGAUGCUCACGAAAGCCGUCCACAAUCUGUUCCAGUACAUGGACAUCCCGGUCGAUGUGGCGGUCGCCCAUCGGCUGUACGACGUCGAGGUGAUCGAGCUGAACGCGGACGUUAGCUUCCUGAUCAUUUGCCCGCCGGCGGAAAGUAGCUGCGCCGUGCCGGGGCAGAAGGAAAGCUUGCUGCAGCGCGGCGACCUCUUCUCGAUGCCGAUCCAGGCGUUCGAGAUGAUCCAUCUGAAGACGUACCAGGGCAGCAUCAUACAGAAGUACUCGCGGCUGUCCUGCAUCCUCGAGCUGGACACGAUGCUGGCGAACCAUCUGCACCGGGAGGCGUUCAGCAGCUCGGAGCUGCAGAAGGCAAAGGACCGGCUGGCGAAGCUGCAGGAGCUGUCCGGCGGGCUGAACACCAUCUGGAAGGGUGUGCGCUGGCUGAUGGAUGUGAUCGGGUAUGCGCGCGACCGGGCCAACAUGCCCGAGCUGAACAUGAAGCAAAUACUGGACUACAAGGCGGCGUACUUUGGCAAGCUGCCGAAGCACCAGCACCAGCAGCAGGCCAGCGACGAUCAGAAGAAGAAGGGUGGCAGCGAAACGCAACUGCUCCAUCCGCCCGGCACCGCGCCGAACAGCUUCCACAAAAGCAGCCCGGGCAGGGGGUCGUGGCCGGGCCCGGCCGUCGAGAACACGCUCGGCCACAACGGACUGCUGGACGCGGAGCACUCCAAGUCCGAGCAACUGCUGAAGUACAACAGCGCCCGGUUUCUGAACGUUAGCCAGGCGGGCUCGCGCAAAAACAGUGCCGACUCGAACUCGGUCGCUACGCACAGCAGCUACUACUCGGUGACGGGCGUCGAGCCGGAGAAGGAGUUUGUCGUGAUGCCCCGGUUACCCCCGUCACGGUCGGAAGAUACGCUCAACAGCUCCCAUCUGCACCAUCAUCUGCACCACGGCCACCACCAUCAUCAUGGUGGCGAGGGAGGUAAAGCGAUCGGUCCGGGUGGUGCGAUGGGAGGAGCCGGUGCCGGAGGAGGAGGAGGAGCAGGUGGAGGAGCUGGUAAGAAACGGCCUCCUACCAUCUACUCCAGCUACUCGGCCACCUCCAGCCCACUGUUGAACGUUCGCUCGCCGUUUCUAGUGCCGAUGGGACCCGCCAACGCCGCCCCCAGCAGUCCGGCCGGCGUUCUCGUCGCGAAAGUUCCACCGGUCGCGGUAGAAGAUAUUGAAAACUCCAAACAGCAGCCACCCGUGCAGCAGACGGCGGCGACCAGUGCAGCAGCCGGGACGGGACAGCAGCCUUCGCUAACGACGGGCGGGGCCGUGCCGUUCAAACUGCUCACGAAGAAAUCGCGCGAUCAAGCACUGAAAGCGAUCAACUUCAUCGAACGGGAGCAGCAGCAGGAGAUGGAAAUAUUCGAAGAGACGAAACCCAUCCUCACGACCACGUACCUUAAGCCCACGCUAGCAGCGCUGCAGAACGAAGCCAAAUCCUCCUACCAGCAGCAACCGGACAGCGGUACCGAACAAGCUCCCCGCGAGGCGACAGCCCAGCUUCCCCCGGUGCAACCACCGGAAACACUCACUCCCGCCGGAUCCGUUGCAAUCACCGUCGAACCAUCGGUACCACCCGCUACCACCACCGAUCUCGAGCCCGAAUCAGGCGUAUCGGAAGCACCACCCGGGACGGACGGAGCAGCGGCAGCGCCAACCGGUGGAGCUGCCGUCACAAACGCUACCAGCAUCCUGCAGGUGUAUGCGGCGUACGAAACCGGCCUACCGAGCGGGACGUCGCUAAAGCUGCGCGUAACGCCCAAAACGAGCGCCCGCGAAGUGAUCGAUCUCGUGGUGAAGCAGCUCAACAUGGCGGUGGUGCUGAAGGGCCGCGAAGGACCGAUCUACAGCUCGGAGCGGUUGGACAACUUCUGUCUGGUAGCCGUGAUUGGUGCCCGGGAGCGUUGCCUGCGGGACGAUUUUCGCCCGCUGCAGCUACAAAACCCGUGGCGCAAGGGCCGGCUGUACGUGCGGCAGAAGCACGAUCUGCUGGCCGCUAUCGAGCAUUCCAACCGGGAUACGGCGGACAUUUAAAGGGUGGAAGGGCAAACGGCGCCAUUGCUCUGAAGUGUGUGAUAGUGCGAUUGACUAAGUUUUCCGAAUUUACAAUUCGUAUAGUUGUUGUUUUGAAAUUUUGUUACACAAUUACCUUCCCCUCCCCUUCCCCCUCGCGGUCAGUAGCUUUAGGAAGCGACCGCGUAUGUGUGUCGGACUUGUUUGUAAAAUUGUUUGCACAGUUAUGUACAUUUUGUAAAACCCUAAUUAAUGUAGCGAUAGGAAACGGGAGGGAGGGGAUAGAGGUGGAAGGCAGGCAAUGGAAAUGUAUUGCAAGAAGGGCACGACGCCCCUUUGGGACUAUUUUUACCAACUUGACUAGCAGAAAAGGGGGAAGAGAACACGUGUUUUAGAAAUUGGGGAAAAAAUCAAAAUAUUAAAAACGUAGUGUAGUACCGUUUCAUCAGCUAAUACAAACAGAAUCAGAGGCAAAGGUGUUAAUUAGCAAACCACAUACCAAAAAAAAAAAAACAAACAAACAAACCGAUAACGGCAGUUCCCCUUCCCUCGGGCGGUGCGGAAACGCGAGCUACGCGCAAACGCAAACGUGUUUUAAAUGCGCCUCCAACGCUCUAGGACGCGCCUGACGCCGCAAUGUUGGAAUGGUUUUCCCGAUGAAAUAGAUGGAAAACUAAAACCUAAAAAAUCAAUUACUCUCAAUGGAAAAGAUGAUAGAUGUUUUUAUUUUAUCCUUUUUAUACGGGAGAGUAGUAGUAGUAGUAGUGGUGGUUGCGUGAAGGAAGGGUUAGGGAAAAGCCGUGCGCAGCUAGUGCGCCAGAGGUAUGAGGGGGUGUAUUGGUGUAUGAGGGGGGCGAAUAGUAAUUAGGAGUAAAAUAUUAGAAAGGAGAGUAAUUAGCGGGUAAUACAAGUGAGUGUGUGAGAAUGUUUGUACACAUUGCGUAAACUAAUGCCAGUGAAUUGUGGGAGUAAUGUAGAGCUAUAUAUAUAUAGAUGAAAAUAGGGAGAACAAGGCAAAACAUCCUAUUUCCAUUCAAAACUGUUGGAGUGUGGAAUUGCGGUACGAACAGGAGGAGCAAGGAUUGUGGAGUUUUUUUUUUAAUAUUUAAAUAAUUAUUAUUAGUAUACCGAUCUCACAAUUCUGAAUCAACAUUUCACGCAAUAGACCAUUACAAUUAAGGGAUUUUUAUCAUCUACCAACAAGUAAAGUAAGAGACAUAACAUUCAUUUACUACUAUCUCAUAGCCCCUUCACUCACACACACCCACAAAUACCAAUAGGAUCGAGCUUAGUGUACUUUUUACCACCACCACCACCACCACCACCACCUCCAGCAGCGAAAGCUACAGGAACAAAGUAAUAUCAUACCGAUGGGCAACGGAAAGCAAAACCCCGGCCCGCCUAUAUGUACCUAUUUUUGUGGCCGGACGCCGGUGUUCCACACUCUACUAGAUAGACCAAUUGAGACAACGAUCUUUGCCAGAAUCGCAACAGCAUCGACCAGCAAUAGUAAGACAGCUUUGGAGACCCGUUUUUUGGCAAUCGCCUCCAGGCCCUCCUCCCGGCGGUCCGCUUGCGUAGGUAAACCAAUAGAAUUGAUCGAUUUUUUUAGUGAUAUUUAGAAGAAUUUUCAUUCAUGAAGUGCACCCAGGAUUGUUAAACAGGGAUGCGUAUGUGAGAAGGAUGGGGAAGCAUGGGGACAAUACGCUCAAGAGUAUCCGAUUUCAAAAGAAAACAUACACCAAUUACGCACUAGUGCAACACACGUACGGACAUCAUAUAUACGACAAAUUUGAUAUUAAUGUUGGUUGUUGAAAGUUUCGGGCACACGAGUGUGUGUGUGUGUUAUUUUGUUUGUUUUUUUUUGCGUUGGCCACUUCUUCUCCAAUAAGAUAAAAAACGAAACCAAACCAACCGAGCUGAUGUUAGGAAUUCUAUCCGCUUGUUCGAUCGGGCAUACUAGAGUGAUGAUGGUGAUAUCCUGGGCGCACGUGGUGCUUUGGAUACAAUUUCUCCAUAUAUAUGUUUGCAUGCGUGUGAGAGUGUUACAGGGUUUUCCAGGAGUUAUAUAGUUCUCAUAGCUGUGGGACACUUUAUUGACUCUUUCUUACGCGAAAUGAACAAAAUGUAAUGGGAAUUGGGCUCUACAGCACCCUUGUGGGUCAAAUCCAAUAAGAAUGCCAAAGGAACCUAUAUGAAGUUCACUUCCCAUAGGAAAAAGUCAAGAAAGUGCCCCACAACUAAGAGAACCCUUGGAAAAUCCUGUAAGACUGGAAAAACAAUGCAACAAUCGAUUAAUGAGACUAGCAGCAGCAGGGUAGUAGGAUUUUAGAAAGCAAGUACAUCAAUCCAUUUUGCUGAUAGCGGGGGAGCAAACACACCAAAAACACACGCUUAAUUAGGAGCCCGAAAAAGAAAACCCAAAAUAUCCAAAACCGAAUGAGACACGCGUGUGUGUGUGUGUGUUUGUAUAUUAGGGAGACGUAAUCAGCAUCUGAAAAACAGAAGGAAGGAUUAACGAAAAAUCAUUAACUAAUCAUAUGUGGUGUUAUUUAGUGUUGGCAGGGAGCGAAGACACAGAGCAACAAGCAGACACAUACUAGGCAAUUGAAAAUUGCGUUGAUAAAAAAAGAGGCAUGAAAAUGGUGACACCGAAUGGUAACCAUGGUGAGCAAAAGCGUGGUGUAUGCCCGUGAACAUAGCUUCCCUUCCCGUCCCCCAAAAACCAUCCAUCGUGGUAAGAGGGGUAGGCUCUGGAGUGCAUCACAGUAGUAUCAGCUUUAACGGGGGUGACGUUGCAUGUUGGCCAGGCAGAUCUGGGUUGGUUCGUUAGGGUCCGUGUCUAGAUUUGUAACGAAAAUUCAGAGCUAUUUGAAGGUAAAACCGUGUCGUAUGUGUCCCACCGAGGGAAGAAAACUAGGAGAGUAAAAUGCACCAGAAGAUUCUAUCCAUGUUGAUCAUA